AUGAGUUCGAUUGCCAGAGAGAUCCAACCUAUGAUUGAAAGCAAUCCAGACAUGCCAAUUCAGGCAAUCCAAAGUCAACUGCUUCGGAAGCAUCAACUAGAAAUAUCACUACAUAAGGUCUUCAGAGCCAAGAGGAUAGCAACUACGAAGAUUUAUGGUGAUUACCAAGAACAGUAUGGUCUGCUAAGGUCAUACUGUGAUGAACUUCUAAAAGCCAACCCAGGUAGUACAACUAAAAUUGAUGUGGAGCCAUGUGGGAACUCAGCUAGUCCUACAAGGCAGUUUCGAAGGGUCUACUUUUGUUUUGCCUCUAUGAUGAGAGGAUUUAAGAUGAUUGGAAGACCAUUGCUGGGUGUGGAUGGUUGUUUCAUGAAAGGUCCAUUUCCUGGACAGAUCUUGAGUGAUGUUGGUAUUGAUGGGAACAAUAGCAUAUAUCCAGGUCUUAUUCCUGCUAUGCUAGCUGUUUUUCCUAAUAGUGAGCACAAAUUUUGUUUGAGGCACAUCCAUGAGAACAUGAAAUCCAAGUGGCGUGGAGAGCUUUACAAGAAUUUGCUUUGGUCAGCCGGAAGGAAGACAUCUAUUCCAUACUUUAACAAAGCUAUGGAAGAAAUUAAGACAACAGAACGAGCUAUGUAUGACUGGCUGAAUGAGAUCCCAUACAUCGCUUGGUCAAGAGCAUAUUUUUCUGGAAGAGCUAAAUGUGAUAUGUUGCUGAACAACAUAUGUGAGGUUUUUAACAGACAAAUCGUAGGAGCAAGGGACAAGCCGAUUAUCACAUGCCUAGAAUUCAUUCGGGAGUACAUGACCAAGAGGAUAGUGAAUGUCAAGAAAUUGCAAGCAAAGUUUAUGGGGCCACUGACACCUCAUGCCACUGAGGUCUUUGAUGAGAUCAAGAAACAGGCUGUUGAAAUGUCUGUUUUAAUGGUUGAUUCAGACAAGAAGUGGGAUUUGACUGGGAUGCCUUGCAAACAUGCAGUUGCAGCCAUAUGGGAUAUGUCAAGGAAUAACAUUGAUGCUGACAUACCAGAAGAAUGGGUGGAUGAUGUGUAUUGGCUGUCAACAUGGAAGAAAGUCUAUGACAAUGUCAUAGAGCCAAUCAACGGGCCGGAGAUGUGGACUCCUUCAGAGUGUCCAACAACACUUAUCCCACCAAAGCAUCAUACACAAGUUGGAAGGCCAAAGAAGAAAAGAAAGAAGGCAUUUGGUGAAAAGGAUCUUGAGAAGGAUUUCCACAAAGGAGGUAAAAUGACCAGAAAGGGAACUAGCAUCAAGUGUGGUAAAUGUGGGAACACGGGUCACAAUGUCAGGAGCUGCAAAGGACAAGGGGGUGAACAAUCCACUGCUUCACAGGAAUCACACACUGCCACUCAAGGUGCACCAGUUUACAAUCUUGAUGAAUGA